AUGGACCUUGACGCCGGUGCCGACGAUUUUUUUGCGGCUUUAGAUAAUGGUGUGGCCGAGGAUGUGUUCGCGGGUUUCGAAGCCGCUGCGACCAGCGAUCGCCUAUCGGUGGACGAUGAGCCGCUCGUCAUGAUUGAUAGGAAUAAGAAGGCGGAAGAAGCCAAAAAAGCAGCAAAGAAGGAGGCAGCAGCUCGCGCUGCAGCUGCAAGAGCUACAAGACUAGCUGACGAGCCAGCCUUGCCAAUGGAGGAACGCAUAGUAAAUCUGCUUGUACCUGAGCUAAAGGUGAAUGAUGUCAUGCUGCUCAUUCGUAAGAUGAGACAAGCGGGCAAGUCAGAUGCCGACGAAUUCUCAGAGCUGGACGCAGAGCAAAAGACAGGUGAUACAUGGGAUCAUAUUGUACACGAAGGUAGUGCGUACCGGAAAUUCGAAGGCGAAGAAGACAAGUCACAUCACGGACCUGCACCAAACAAGUUGUUUUCGACUGGGCAUAACUUGCGGACUCUCAUUUCGCAGGAUGGUGAAAUGGCUGGAAACUUGAGACGCGCGGCUGAAUUUGUCGAAAUGAACCUUAGUCAAAUGGGAAAGGAUGAACGAAGGACGCGUAUUGGUUACAAGGACCAGAUGAAACAAAAAGCAUGUCGUUUGAUUGAUCAUACGAUGAGUAACUUGGAUUUACACGAAAUUGUGGGAAGUCGCGCAAAGAAAAUGUUUGCCGAAUUUCGUGACGUUCGUGAACAUGUGCAUCAAUUUGAUGCGAUGGUGGCUGGCUGUGUGAUUGCUGCGUACAUGGAAACGAGCAAAGAAAUGUACUCGGCACAAAAUGGCAUUCGAAUUGGGCAUAAUAAGCAAGCGGGAAUUGCCAAUCUAGCGUUACUUCCGAACAAAGCUGUGGAUGAGACGAAACUGCAUCCGUUUACGUGUUUUUUGUGUAAUAUGAAAUUUAAUGCACGUCGCGGUAUGCAAUUUCACAAAUGCGCAGGAAAGUCGGAAGAGGACAAGGCAAAGGCCAGAAGCGCCACUAGCUUGACUCCUAUGGUGCUGCCUGAUCAAAUUCAGGCUAUUGUCGAAAUAAAAAAUGGCAAGACGUGGUAUAAAUGUCCUGUUUGUUCACGAGUGUAUGGGAAGGAAGACAGUUUGACAGAGCACAUGAUCCGGCACAAAAAUCAAAGCAAGAAACGUUUGCACCACAUAGAGAAUCAUACAAUUGACCCAACGCGUCUGGCCAAGACAACUAAGCUCGCAUCAGCAAACCCUUCUGUACAAGUGAAUACACACGAGCAGGUCAUGUUCCGUGGUGAGGGUCGGCGGGUGUGGCUCCAGCAUCUCACUGAAAAGAACUGA